AUGAUAUUAAAUACCGUCAGCCUAUUGCUUUUUCUAGCCAGUCUGGCUUGGGGGCAAUCAAUAAAAAUAAGGAUACCUGUGUGGGAUGCUUCCACUUUGUUUACACGGCUCACAGGAAUUAGUAUCAACUCAGGAAACAAUAAUAGCCCAAGUACAUCAAAUAAUAAUCAGCAGGAUAACGACUACAAUAAUUAUCUGAACGACUAUUACAACAAUUAUUGGGCAAACGCAUACCAGAAUCAAGCACCCUACAAACCCAACAACGGCGUCUACAACUACAACUGUAAGCCCAACAACGUCUACAGCGCUACCUGCAUCCACUACGACAGAAUCAACCACAACAACUACUACAAGCCCGUCAACGGAGUCCACAACUACAACUGUGAGCCCAACAACAUCUACUGCGCUACCAGCAUCCUCUACCACAGAUUCAACCACUACAAACCCAACAACGGAGUCUACAACUACAACUCAUCCUCUACGACAGAUUCAACCACUACAAGCCCAACAACUGAGUCUACAACUACAACUGUAAGCCCAACAACGUCUACAGCGCUACCUGCAUCCACUACGACAGAAUCAACCACAACAACUACUACAAGCCCGUCAACGGAGUCCACAACUACAACUGUGAGCCCAACAACAUCUACUGCGCUACCAGCAUCCUCUACCACAGAUUCAACCACUACAAACCCAACAACGGAGUCUACAACUACAACUGUGAGCCCAACAACGUCUACAGCGCUACCUGCAUCCACUACGACAGAUUCAACCACAACAACUACUACAAACCCGUCAACGGAGUCCACAACUACAACUGUGAGCCCAACAACGUCUACUGCCCCAACAACAUCUACUGCGCUACCAGCAUCCUCUACGACAGAUUCAACCACUACAAGCCCAACAACGGAGUCCACAACUACAACUGUGAGCCCAACAACGUCUACAGCGCUACCUGCAUCCACUACGACAGAUUCAACCACAACAACUACUACAAACCCGUCAACGGACUCCACAACUACAACUGUGCGCCCAACAACGUCUACUGCGCUACCUGCAUCCACUACGACAGAUUCAACCACAACAACUACUACAAGCCCGUCAACGGAGUCCACAACUACAACUGUGAGCCCAACAACAUCUACUGCGCUACCAGCAUCCUCUACGACAGAUUCAACCACUACAAGCCCAACAACGGAGUCUACAACUACAACUGUAAGCCCAACAACGUCUACAGCGCUACCUGCAUCCACUACGACAGAAUCAAGCACAACAACUACUACAAGCCCGUCAACGGAGUCCACAACUACAACUGUGAGCCCAACAACAUCUACUGCGCUACCAGCAUCCUCUACCACAGAUUCAACCACUACAAACCCAACAACGGAGUCUACAACUACAACUGUGAGCCCAACAACGUCUACAGCGCUACCUGCAUCCACUACGACAGAUUCAACCACAACAACUACUACAAACCCGUCAACGGAGUCCACAACUACAACUGUGAGCCCAACAACGUCUACUGCGCUACCUGCAUCCCCUACGACAGAUUCAACCACUACAAACCCAACAACGGAGUCUACAACUACAACUGUGAGCCCAACAACAUCUACUGCGCUACCAGCAUCCUCUACGACAGAUUCAACCACUACAAGCCCAACAACGGAGUUCACAACUACAACUGUGAGCCCAACAACGUCUACAGCGCUACCUGCAUCCACUACGACAGAUUCAACCACAACAACUACUACAAACCCGUCAACGGAGUCCACAACUGCAACUGUGCGCCCAACAACGUCUACUGCGCUACCUGCAUCCACUACGACAGAUUCAACCACAACAACUACUACAAGCCCGUCAACGGAGUCCACAACUACAACUGUGAGCCCAACAUCUACUGCGUUACCUGCAUCCACUACGACAGAUUCAACCACUACAAACCCACCAACGGAGUCUACAACUACAACUGUGAGCCCAACAACAUCUACUGCGCUACCAGCAUCCUCUACGACAGAUUCAACCACUACAAGCCCAACAACGGAGUCCACAACUACAACUGUGAGUCCAACAACGUCUACAGCGCUACCUGCAUCCACUACGACAGAUUCAACCACAACAACUACUACAAGCCCGUCAACGGAGUCCACAACUACAACUGUGAGCCCAACAUCUACUGCGUUACCUGCAUCCACUACGACAGAUUCAACCACUACAAACCCAACAACGGAGUCUACAACAACAACUGUGAGCCCAACAACAUCUACUGCGCUACCAGCAUCCUCUACGACAGAUUCAACCACUACAAGCCCAACAACGGAGUCCACAACUACAACUGUAAGCCCAACAACGUCUACAGCGCUACCUGCAUCCACUACGACAGAUUCAACCACAACAACGACUACAAGCCCGUCAACGGAGUCAACAACUACAACUGUGAGCCCAACAACAUCUACUGCGCUACCAGCAUCCUCUACCACAGAUUCAACCACUACAAACCCAACAACGGAGUCUACAACUACAACUGUGAGCCCAACAACAUCUACUGCGCUACCAGCAUCCUCUACGACAGAUUCAACCACUACAAGCCCAACAACGGAGUCCACAACUACAACUGUGAGUCCAACAACGUCUACAGCGCUACCUGCAUCCACUACGACAGAUUCAACCACAACAACUACUACAAACCCGUCAACGGAGUCCACAACUACAACUGUGAGCCCAACAACGUCUACUGCGCUACCUGCAUCCACUACGACAGAUUCAACCACUACAAACCCAACAACGGAGUCUACAACUACAACUGUGAGCCCAACAACAUCUACUGCGCUACCAGCAUCCUCUACGACAGAUUCAACCACUACAAGCCCAACAACGGAGUCCACAACUACAACUGUGAGCCCAACAACGUCUACAGCGCUACCUGCAUCCACUACGACAGAUUCAACCACAACAACUACUACAAACCCGUCAACGGACUCCACAACUACAACUGUGCGCCCAACAACGUCUACUGCGCUACCUGCUUCCACUACGACAGAUUCAACCACAACAACUACUACAAGCCCGUCAACGGAGUCCACAACUACAACUGUGAGCCCAACAUCUACUGCGUUACCUGCAUCCACUACGACAGAUUCAACCACUACAAACCCAACAACGGAGUCUACAACUACAACUGUGAGCCCAACAACAUCUACAGCGCUACCUGCAUCCACUGCGACAGAAUCAACCACAACAACUACUACAAGCUCCCCAACAACGUCUACAGCGCUACCUGCAUCCACUACGACAGAUUCAACCACAACAACUACUACAAACCCGUCAACGGACUCCACAACUACAACUGUGAGCCCAACAACCCCAACAACGGAGUCCACCACUAUAACUGUGAGCCCAACAUCUACUGCGUUACCUGCAUCCACUACGACAGAUUCAACCACAACAACUACUACAAGCCCGUCAACGGACCCAACAACGUCUACAGCGCUACCUGCAUCCACUACGACAGAUUCAACCACAACAACUACUACAAACCCAUUCAACCACAACAACUACUACAAACCCGUCAACGGAGUCCACAACUACAACUGUGAGCCCAACAUCUACUGCGUUACCUGCAUCCACUACGACAGAUUCAACCACUACAAACCCAACAACGGAGUCUACAACUACAACUGUGAGCCCAACAACAUCUACAGCGCUACCUGCAUCCACUGCGACAGAAUCAACCACAACAACUACUACAAGCCCGUCAACGGAGUCCAAAACUACAACUGUGAGCCCAACAACAUCUACUGCGUUACCUGCAUCCACUACGACAGAGUCAACCACAAAAACUACUACAAACCCGUCAACGGAGUCCACAACUACAAUUGUGAGCCCAACAACGUCUACUGCGUUACCUGCAUCCACUACGACAGAUUCAACCACAACAACUACUACAAGCCCGUCAACGGAGUCCACAACUACAACUUCCACAACUACAACUGUGAGCCCAACAACGUCUACAGCGCUACCUGCAUCCACUACGACAGAUUCAACCACAACAAAUACUACAAACCCGUCAACGGAGUCCACAAUUACAACUGUGAGCCCAACAACGUCUACUGCGCUACCUGCAUCCACUACGACAGAUUCAACCACUACAAACCCAACAACGGAGUCUACAACUACAACUGUGAGCCCAACAACAUCUACUGCGCUACCAGCAUCCUCUACGACAGAUUCAACCACUACAAGCCCAACAACGGAGUCCACAACUACAACUGUGAGCCCGACAACGUCUACAGCGCUACCUGCAUCCACUACGACAGAUUCAACCACAACAACUACUACAAACCCGUUAACGGAGUCCACAACUACAACUGUAAGCCCAACAAUGUCUACUGCGCUACCUGCAUCCACUACGACAGAUUCAAACACAAUAACCACUACAAUCCCUACAAUGCAAUCCACAACCACAACUGUGAGCCCAACAACAUCUACUGCGCUCCCAGCAUCCACUACGACAGAUUCAACAGCAACAACUACUACAAGCCCGUCAACGGAGUCCACAACUACAACUGUGAGCCCAACAUCUACUGCGUUACCUGCAUCCACUACGACAGAUUCAACCACUACAAACCCAACAAAGGAGUCUACAACUACAACUGUGAGCCCAACAACAUCUACAGCGCUACCUGCAUCCACUGCGACAUAUUCAACCACAACAACUACUACAAGCCCGUCAACGGAGUCCACAACUACAACUGUGAGCCCAACAACGUCUACUGCGUUACCUGCAUCCACUACGACAGAUACAACCACAACAACUACCACAAGCCCGUCAACGGAGUCCACAACUACAACUGUGAGCCCAACAACAUCUACUGCGCUUCCUGCAUCCGCUACGACAGAGUCAACCACAACAACUACUACAAACCCAACAACGGAGACCACAACUACAACUGUGAGCCCAACAACUUCUACUACGCUUCCUGCAUCCGCUACGACAGAACCACAACUACAACUGUGAGCCCAACAACAUCUACUACGCUUCCAGCAUCCACUACGAAUGAUUCAACCACAACAACUACUUCAACGCCGACAACGGAGUCAACAACUACAACUGUGAGCCCAACAACAUCUACUGCGCUUCCUUCCACAACUACAACUGUGACCCCACCAACAUCUACUGCGCUACCUGCAUCCACUACGACAGAUUCAACCAAAACAACCACUACAAGCCCAACAACGGAGUCCACAACUACAACUGUGAGCCCAACAACAUCUACUUCGCUACCUGCAUCCACUGCAACAGAUUCAACCACAACAUCCAGUACAAUUUGCCUAAAUUUUCCUCAACUUCCAAUUUGUCAAUCCGCUACGACGACGGUGAGCGCAACAACAUCUACAGCGCUUCCUGCAUCCACUAUCACAGGUUCAACAACAACAUCCACUACAAGCCCAACAACCGAGUCCACAACUACAACUGUGAGCCCAACAACAUCUACUGCCCUUCCUGCAUCCACUAUUACAGAUUCAACCACAACAACUACUAAAAACCCAACAACGGAAUCCACAACUACAACUGUGAGCCCAAUAACAUCUACUGCGCUUCCUGCACCCACUUCCACAGAUUCAACCACAACAACUUUUACAAACCCAACAACGGAGUCCACAACGACAACUGUCAGCCCAACAACAUCUACUACGCUAGCUGCAUCCACUACGACAGAUUCAACCACUACAAACCCAACAACGGAGUCCACAACUACAACUGUGACCCCAACAACAUCUACUGCGCUACCUGCAUCCACUACGACAGAUUCAACCACAACAACCACUACAAACCCAACAACGGAAUCCACAACUACAACUUACAAUUUGCCUAAAUUUUCCUCAACUUCCAAUUUGUCAAUCCGCUACGACGACGUUGAGCGCAACAACAUCUACAGCGCUUCCUGCAUCCACUAUCACAGGUUCAACAACAACAUCCACUACAAGCCCAACAAAAGAUUCCGCAACGACAACUGUGAGCCCAACAACAUCCACUGCGCUUCCUGCUUCCACUACGACAGAUUCAACCACAACAGCUACUACAAACCCAACAACGGAGUCCACAACGACAACUGUGAGCCCAACAACAUCUACUACGCUACCUGCAUCCACUACGACAGAUUCAACCACAAACCCAACAACGGAGUCCACAACUACAACUGUGACCCCACCAACAUCCACUGCGCUUCCUGCAUCCACUACGACAGAGUCAACCACAACAACCACUACAAACCCAACAACGGAAUCCACAACUACAACUGUGAGCCCAACAACAUCUACUGCGUUACCUGCAUCCACUACCACAGAUUCAACCACAACAAGCACUACAAACCCAACAACGGAGUCCACAACUACAACUGGGAGCCCAACAACAUCCACUGCGCUUCCUGCAUCCACUACGACAGAUUCAACCACAACAACUACUACAAACCCAACAACCGAGUCUACAACUACAACUGUGAGCCCAACAACAUCUACAGCGCUUCCUGCAUCCACUAUCACAGAUUCAACAACAACAUCCACUACAAGCCCAACAACAGAUUCCGCAACGACAACUUUGAGCCCAAAAACAUCCACUGCGCUUCCUGCAUCCACUAUCACAGAUUCAACAACAACAUCCACUACAAGCCCAAUAACAGAUUCCACAACGACAACUGUGAGCCCAACAACUUCUACUGCGCUUCCCGCAUCCACUACGACAGAUUCAACCACUACAAACCCAACAACGGAGUCUACAACAACAUCUACGCUAGCUGCAUCCACUACCACAGAUUCAACCACAGCAACCACUACAGACCCAACUACGGAGUCUACAACUACAACUGUGAGCCCAACAACAUCUACUGCGCUGCCUGCAUCCACUAUCACAGAUUCAAUAACAACAUUCACUACAAGCCCAACACCAGAUUUCGCAACGACAACUGUGAGCCCAACAACUUCUACUGCCCUUCCUCCAUCCAGGACGGCAGAUUCAACCACUACAAUUUGCUUAAGUUUUCCUCAACUUCCAAUUUGUCAAUCUCCUAA